GUCCCAUCGGUCGCGUUGUCGAGCUCCUCAAUGCCAACCAAAUUCACCGUUGCUGCUUUCACCGCUCACAAAUUCACCCUGCCUCAAGUUCAUCCACCUUCCCAGCUCCCACCUCGAUCCCUCCGAACACCUCGCCACUCCCCUGAGCGCUGGGAAUUCCAAAUCUCGCCGCCGCCAUUGCCGCCGGUCUGCCUCAAGUUCAUCCACAUUCCCAGCUCCCACCUCGACCCCUCCGCACACCUCGCCACUCCCCACGGCGCUGGGAAUUCCAAAUCUCGCCGCCGCCAUUGCCGCCGGUCUGCCUCAAGUUCAUCCACCUUCCCAGCUCCGACCUCGACCCCUCCGCACACCUCGCCACUCCCCACAGCGCUGGGAAUUCCAAAUCUCGCCGCCGCCAUUGCCGCCGUCUGCCUCAAGUUCAUCCACCUUCCCAGCUCCCACCUCGACCCCUCCGCACACCUCGCCACUCCCCACAGCGCUGGGAAUUCCAAAUCUCGCCGCCGCCAUUGCCGCCCAGUCUUUAAGCUCAGCAGAGGGAGAGAGAAACAGGGAGAUUCUCUUCGCAUCUCUCGGUCUGGCACGGCUCGUGGGAGAGAGAAAACGGGUCAAGCUUGAGACGGAGACGCUGCCCAGAGCGGGAGGAGGACGGCCGGAGCAGCGAGUAACGGAGGAGGACCAUAUAUAACUCCUCUUUUACUUCUCAUUCACUCCUUGCUCUCACUCUUGCUUUCACUCCUCUCGCUCACUCUUUUGGUCCAGGCCGAACAGCAUUCUCUAGCUAGAGAACACCAAGCGCAGCAUUACACUCCAUGCCGCAAAGAGCCGUAGCCAGUCGUGUGCAAAGCGUAAAACAAAGGUAGAUGGCGCAUGUUGAAUAGGAAGCCUCCUCCUCUAAAGGAAAACGUCAUUUUUGUAAGGCUGUGUUCAUGUCCGAUCCGAACUGACUUCAGCGUCUUCGCCUGCUUGAUUGAAACGCCCCUCUCCAAACCCCUCUCGUUGGAUCACCCGAUCCCGCCACCGGAGGCGAUGGCGGCGGCGCCGGCGGUAAGGUUUCCGGUCUUCGGCAUCGUGCGGCUGCUGGGCUUGGCCGCCGCGGCGGGCAUCCUCUUCUGGGCCGUCCACUACCGCGGCGGCAUGGCCCUGUCCACCAACGAGGAGAGCAAGCUCCCGAUUUUCAAUGUUCACCCUGUGCUGAUGCUGAUUGGUUUGGUAGCCUUGAAUGGUGAAGCUCUUUUAGGCCUCGGCAGCGAAGGAUUGGAAUCAGGCUAGGAAGGGUUCCAGGCCAGGAAUCAGUGGAUCCGGGCCUUUCACUCAUUCCCGGCGUGGAAUUAAUCCAGCAGGAAUGAUUCUAGUGGGCUACUGGAUUUUGGACCUUUUGGUACCCUGGUGGAUCAAGAAGUGGCCGUGCAUCUCCCCUUCCCUGGCAUGUCUUCUUCGGUAUAUUCAUCUAUGUUCUUGCUAUCGUCACAAGUGUGAGUGGACUCCUACAGAAGUCAAUCUUUAUGCAGAGCGCCAAAAUGAUUGGGCGCUUCUCCACAGAAGCCAUGUUUAUGAACUCGCUGGGAAUGCUGCUGCUGGUACUGGGCGCCCUUGUUAUUCUUGCAAUUGUUAGUCCUGGACCUGGUAAGAUUGACACAUACCGAGGCUCUUCAGAGUAAGAGGAAGUGGUUACAGUGCAGUUUCUUGAGCUGCAAUUUUUGCCAGUCACUGAGCAUUGUAUGUACGUGUCGUUGUACCCAGAAUUGUGAUUUCGGUCCUCUGACAUGGAUAGUCAGUGCUGAGGAUAACUUUGUUCCUGUAACGAGGUUCACUUCAUUCCAGUAGCAUAUUUGUGGAUCAAGCUGACGGAAAUUACAGCCCAGACUUUUCUGUAGACCAAGACUCCAAUACACUUCGGUUUUAUACAUUGGAAUAUGGGAUGUAAUAAGUAGAGCCUUUAUUUUGGAUGAUCAGAGAUUACAUUUACCUCAGUUUUAAUUGGAAGAUCAUGAUUGCACCCU